AUGGCCGCCGCCGGCAUCGCCUCCAUCUUCGACCGCGCUCAGCACGAGCAAACCGAAGCCGUCCAGGCGGGCUACUCCCUCGAGGCGUCGAAGUUCGUCGAGCGGCAGCUGAAGAAGGGCGUCGAGGCGUACAUCCGCCGGCUGCUCGGCCCCGACACUGAAACUCGCUGGGUAGAGGCCUACUUUCCCUUCACCCAUCCCAGCUGGGAGCUGGAGAUUCGAAGGCCUUCGCCGAAAAAUUCUGGUGAAGAGAAUAGCGAGGACGAUUGGAUGGAGAUGCUCGGCUGCGGCGUCGUCCACCGCGAGAUUCUAAAUCGAACCGGGCAGGCGGGUACGAUCGGCUGGGCGCUGGGCUGCGGCCUGGAGCGCCUCGCCAUGCUCUACUACGACAUCCCCGACAUUCGCCUCUUCUGGAGCCGGGACAGCGGCUUCCUCCACCAGUUCGAGCACCUGGAGCCCUUCCAGCGGCUGGCCUACCGCCCGAUCAGCGUCUACCCGCAAAAGGUCUUCGACAUCAGCUUCUGGCUGCCGGAAACGAAGAGCAGUUCUUCGGAGCAGGAGUGGUCGGCCAACGACGUGCACGCCAUCAUCCUCGACAUCGGCGGCGAGAUGGUCGAGCAGGCGCACCUGGUGGAGGCGUGGACGCAUCCCAAGGAUGGCCGAACCUCGAACAUGUACCGCAUCGUCUACCGCUCCAUGGAGCGGGCGCUGACCAGCGCCGAGGUGAACGUCGUCCACGGCCAGAUCGAGGCCGCCCUGGUCGAGCAGUUGGGCGUGACCAUUCGCUGA